AAAAAAGAUGUUUGUGUUGCUCUAAAAUUAAAGCAUGCAAAACUUAAAGAAGAAAAAAUAUAUGAUAAACAAUUAAUUAAAACAGGGACAUAAACGCGUUCUACUUGUGUUGCCAAAUUUAAAAAGUUUGACCGGAAGUCCAGUGUCGUAAACUCGAGGAGAAAAGCUAGUUGGGCUCACAACGGUGCCUCCUUCGCUGCUGUGUAAAAGUUGGUUGUGAAUAUUUCUUUAGGCUCAAAAUUACCAAAAAACAGAAGAGACAUGGCGCUCACCGACGCCGACGUCCAGAAACAGCUGUUUUGUGGUGACAGAUCAAACACAUGAUGGCCUUCAUCGAGCAGGAGGCCAACGAGCGAGUCGAGGAGAUCUUAGCGAAGGGAGAAGAAGAGUUUAACAUCGAGAAAGGGCGCCUGGUGCAAACCCACCGGGUGAAAAUCAUGGAUUAUUACGAGAAGAAGGAGAAGCAGAUUGAACAACAUAAGAAAAUCCAGAUGUCCCAACUGAAGAACCAAGCCAGGCUGAAGGUGCUGAAGGCCCGAGACGACAUGGUGACGGAUCUGCUGAAUGAGGCUCGAAAAAGAAUCACCGACAUCGUCAAAGACCCGGACAGGUACGCCAAGCUGCUGGAGGGUCUGGUGCUUCAGGGGUUUUACCAGCUGCUGGAGCCUAAAGUCACCAUCCGCUGUCGGCAGCAGGAUGUAGACAUGGUUCAGGCUGCAGUCAAUAAGAACAUCACUAUCUACAAGGAGACGGUGAAGAGCAACAUAACUGUCCGGGUUGACCAGGAUCACUUCCUUCCAUCAGACAUCUGCGGCGGCGUUGAAGUCUACAACAGUAAUGGAAAGAUUAAGGUUUCCAACACCCUGGAGAGCAGACUGGAUCUCGUAGCACAGCAGAUGAUGCCUGAAAUCAGAGAGAUCUUAUUCGGCUCCAACCCCAACCGCAGAUUCUUGGAUUAAUUUGAGGAGAACAUCGCUGCAAACGUCAAGGUGACCCCUGACCUUUCUCGCAGGAGAGCAAUAAAGUUUUCAUAAACUCUGAUCAGUGUUUUCUGGAAACGUCUGGACUUGAACGUAACCCAGCAGUAGCUCUUAUUCCCUCCUUUCCUCACACAGAGAGAGGUGCACACACGUGAUGCAUAAACUGAAAUCUGCUGCCGAAAAUGUUGGAAAACAAUUUUAUGUUAAUUUGAUGUUUAACAGUCAAAAGAAAUAAAUUGGAGGCAGUUUAA